UGGAUUAUUAUAAUCCAGACUUAGUAUCGCUGCUGGUUUGGUUGCUCCUUCUAUGGUGAGUCCUGUGUGGAGGCUGCAAGAUGGCUCUCAACGUGCGUCCUGUACUGCCUGCCCUGCUUCUUCUGGCAGCUCACGUGAUCCUCAGCCAUGCUCAAGAGGUGUAUGUAUCUGAGGCGUGGACCAGCAAGUCUUGCAAAUGUGACUGUGACGGUGGAGUGUCACCAACGGAGUUCUCCUCCAUCGGAUCUUCCUCAGUGCGUGGAGUGGAUUGUAUGCCAGAGUGUCCGUACCACAAGCCUCUGGGCUUUGAGGCCGGAUCAGUGAGUCCAGAUCAGAUCACCUGCUCCAACCAGGACCAGUACAGCGGAUGGUUCUCCUCUUGGCUCCCAAACAAGGCACGACUCAACAGUCAAGGCUUUGGAUGUGCAUGGCUCUCCAAGUUCCAAGACAGUAGCCAAUGGCUACAGAUUGACCUGACAGAGGUGAUGGUGAUCUCAGGGAUACUCACUCAGGGCCGCUGUGAUGCCGACGAGUGGGUCACCAAGUACAGCGUCCAGUAUCGCAGCGAUGAAAAACUCAACUGGAUCUACUACAAGGACCAAACUGGGAACAACAGGGUGUUCUACGGGAACUCCGACCGUUCAUCAUCUGUACAAAACCUUUUGCGGCCACCCAUCGUGGCACGCUACAUCCGCAUCCUUCCUCUCGGAUGGCACACACGCAUUGCCCUGCGUCUGGAGCUGCUGCUCUGCAUGAACAAAUGUGCCUGAACCUGUCUUCCUGUUCUCCUUGAGGCCUUGACCUUUACCCUCCAUCACCAUCAGUGUGUAUUUAUUUGUUUCAUUAUUUGCACCCUUCCACCUGUGUAGUGUGAACUGAGACUGAAAUGUUAUAUUUCAAACCUUUUUUUUCCCACUGGAAAUGCUGACUAUAGUUGGAAUGAAUUUGAUGUUUGAUAUGCAAAUGCAAGCUUGCAUUAUCUGCUCUCUCCAUUGUCUCACACUGGCUGCUUUCAUUUUCUCAUUAGUUCUCAAUGGAUUGUUACAUUUGCACUGAAAUGGCAUAAACUCAAAGCAAUAAUUAGUUGUGGAGAAGGAAGCGAGCGUUGCUAUGGAAGGCUGAUCCAGAACGUGUGUUUCAUGUUUGACAGCACACUGCUUCUUUACAAACACAAUGGGAUUUCACUAAGCUUCCUUCACCUUACUCCCCUCUAAAAAGAACUGAUGUCUUUAAUAUUGUCUUCUGUUAAGUCAUUUCAAUGUAAAUUUAAUUUCACUUAAAAACGUGUUGCCAUAUUUGCUCCUAAUGAAGAUCCUAUUUUACUGUAGCAUAUUUUCCGACAUUUAUAAAAAAUAAUUAGUGCGAUUUCACUUUGUUUCUCCUUGUUUUUAUUCCUGUAGUAUAUGUUGUGUAUUGUUUUGACUCUGUACUCAUCUACUUUCACGUUAAAACAAUAAAUUUCCAAUAAAUUA